ACAAUAUGGCGCGCACCUGAAGCGAAGCUCUCGACUGUAAUAUUUACAUAUCGUAAACGAGCAAGGUGACCCAGUAACCACUCAACUCGCUGAUAAAAUGUAAAAAGCCAACCAACCUUAACCCCGAGAUAAUAUAUAGAACAAUAGAAAAUGGCGAAUUUGUGUGACCACUAGAAACAUAAUUAUAAGUUUUAUCAUCAAAUUUACAACCUGAAUCUUUGUGACAGGCGUUCAUGAAGUCUUAUGAAAGGGUUUGAUGGAAGACAGCCAAUCAGAAACCAUUUUAUAACCUUAAGAUGCACAAUGUUCGUGUAACAUCUCUGUGCUGCCAUCUACGUAUAAUAUUAUCAUGCAGAUAAAACAAGAAACUUGUCACCAGACAAAUGAAAACAAGGACAGUAACUCUGACUCGGAGAAGACAGAGGUAUCAAAGAGUCAACAUGAAGAAAAGGGAGAACAAGAAGACGUGACAAAAGAGACUACUUCUAGUAUAAAUGAUGAGAAUGAGCCUUGGUCAGUCCAGGAAGAAAAAAAGACUGAAUCAGAUAAUAAUGAUAAAUUAACAAGCGAAGAUGCCUCAGCAGUGGCAGCAUUAAAUCAGAACAACGGUAAUGUAGAAAUAACAGCACCUCUAGUCAUUCCCCAGCCCUACUUUCAUUUUCUACAGCAACAAAUGUUACAGACACACUUAUUACAGCAGCAAUCUAUGCUUAACGCUAUAGAUAUAACCAAUAGGUUGAAUGAUACCAAUCAAGAAGGCAGUAUAACCAAUCAACAGACAACAGAACGUAAACUAGGUGAUACAGGAUCAGAUGAUAGUUACGAUUAUGAUGAAGGUCCGCUAACAGAUGAAGAUCUAGAUGACAGUAAACGACAAGUAGACGCUGCAGGAAAUACAGGUACAGCAAGCAGAAAUAUAAAUCAGUAUGGUCGUCAGUUUACAAAUGGACGUCCCCUACCAGAACAUCUACGUGUUCAGAUUCUCCAAUUAGCAUUACAAGGUAUACGACCGUGUGAAAUCAGUCGUCAGUUACAAGUGUCACAUGGUUGUGUCAGUAAAAUAUUAAACAGAUAUCGUAAAACAGGAAGUAUUAAUCCUGGUCAGAUUGGGGGAAGUAAACCAAAGGUCACAACCCCUGAUGUAGUAAGUCGUGUUCGACAGUACAAGAUAGAGAACCCUCAGAUGUUUGCUUGGGAAAUACGUCAGAAAUUAAUACAAGAUGGUAUUUGUACAGAAAAGAAUAUACCCAGUAUUAGCUCUAUAAAUCGUAUUAUACGCGAUAAAGCUAUCACCAACAGAAGAGGGUUCGACUAUAUCAACUCACUAACAGAACAUGAUGAGAUGAGUUUUAGUGAAGAUAUUACAAUGGACUCUGAAACUGUUCAUCGUAUGAUGUCACAGAUCUCACCCAGCUCUAGUUUCACAUCCACCGUCGAUCCCACGAUCAUCAUAGAUACUUCCAAGGGAAGUACCUCUCCAGCCACCAAACCAAUAUCAGUGUCUGUCUCAUCAUCCACAAGCAGUCCCGACCCAUCAACGAAAACAUCACCCAUUGUUUCAUCCACAAACAGCUCUAUUUGUAUUGCCCAAGACGGCAACAUGGACAAAGCCAUUUUAUUACCAAUAGCUCACAGUUCACCAAAGAUUUCUGAUAAAUCGGACAAAACAGAAGAACUUGUUGCCAGUAAAACCAGCCCGAAAGGAAAAGCAGAAAGUUCUCGUCCCACCCUUGAUGCUGUGAUCAAUCAGUUGGCUCUUGCUCAAAGUUCCAGUGCUUUAAAAGACAACGGCGUUGCAAUUAAAAUACUGAAAACGGAACAAGUAUGUGAUGAUGCUUUAAAAGGAGCCCACUCAGUGAACACAAAGUCUAUGUCUGUAUCUUCCAGUCCCACAAUGAUAGAGAACAACGUUACCCAAAGUCCCACCAAUUUUAGCCUCAUGUCACAAAUGAGUCCCAAACUGAAUUCUGCAGUUAAUCACGUCAAAUCGGACAAGAAAGCUGAAGGACGCAUAUCCUCACAGAAACCCUCUCCCCACACUGCGCUACGUGGAUCCAGUCAGUCACCACGGACACCCAUUAAUGGUGGGGUUUACCCCACAAUGCCUUUUAACUAUGAUAAAUUUCCAAAUUCUGGAUCUUUUUACGACUACAAUUUACCUGAUCGGGGAUUGAGCCAGGUUCCACUCACUCCACGAUUUCCAGCAAUGUCUCCACAAGGAAUGAUCAUGGGAUAUUUUCCGAUGACACAAGGUGUGAAAAUUCCUACAUUACCGGUCAUAAGCACACAAAGCACUCCUGAUUCUGGGGCCGGUACCCCAUUGGAUCUGUCGUCCUCUCCAAAGGAAAUAACAAAACCUAAAGCCACACUUUCCCCUGUCAAACAACAGAAGGAAAAACCAAAGUCAACAGCUGUUUCCAUACCCAUGGUAGAACCUCAGAAGCCAAAAUAUGAGCGUAACAUGCUGCUUUUCGGAGAAUCUGAACUAGAAAUUAUUUCAGUAGGGAAGAACAAAUGGAUUAUAAGAAAUGAGAAUGAGAUGUGCGAUUUAGUAUUGACACAGAAAACGUCUCCAAGUGUCAAGAGUGUUGGUAAAUCGGGAUCGAACAUGGAGUCGUGUUCUGUUUCUAGCCUUUUAAAAUCUGGUUGUGAAGAUAGUUUAAAGGGUGCUAUAAACGAGAUCAAUCAAACUAUCAAACAUUGUGACGGGUCUGUCGUUAAAUGGCGGUCAGGCGACCAAGUCGUGUUGUCGUCCGACGACCAAGUAGUGAUAUCUUCAGGAUUAACUGUGAAAGUGCCUGAUCUGGUGGAAAAAGUCUCCAACAAAGAUAAAGUUAGUGAAACCCAAAGAAAUUCAUCAUCUUGCGAAAACAGAACUAUACUUUUACACGAAGGUGAUGAUCAGUUGCCUCCAAGCAGUUUGUUACAGAAGCGAUCUGCUGAAAUUUGUACAUCAGCAACUGACAUACAAGCAUCUAAGAUCCCUAAAUUGUCUGAUUCGGGUAUCAUAGUUCAUCCUGUUAGUCCCUUGAAUCAGACCCAACCGUUGGCUGUUGCUGGGCGCAUGGAUCUACUGUCCCAGCAUCUUCAGUUAAGUCAAUCGACCACACGGUCAAGCUCGUCUCCUUUAUUCAACUUGAUGGCUUCACCUACUGCCACAGCUUUGGUAGCGCCAAAUGAGUCGAGCUCUACAUCCUCAAAUCAAAACUGUCCGGUUUUACAAAAAAUGUUAAAAAAUGCUCAGUAGAGAGGUGUUUCUCAACUGAACUGUAUUUGUAUCCUCUGGUGUUAGAAUAUCUCUGAGCCAAAUACGAAAGUUUUAUCAAAUGUACAUGAGACUAAAGAAAUCCAUAUUUUACUUUUAUUUUUAAUAUGAUUAAUCCAAAGAGGUUUUUGCCAUAUCAUUGUACCGGUUUGUGUAUUUUAUUGUAUCUGUGUCUUUACAUGUACAAAUAUUUGAGACUUUUUAAGUUGUGGCUAUUUCAAGUAAUUUGUGUCUUGUUUUCAAGCAAAGUCCUAAUGAUUUUUCCAUACGAAAAAUACAAGUAACUUAAAAACUUAUGUUCGAUGGGACAUUCCAUGUAGGUUGACGGAUAGUUUUUUGAAACACUUGAUCGACAUGUCUUUUAUUUGUCAAUAUGUUUUGUCAGAAAAAAAUUUAACUGAAUGGUCAAAUACAAUUAGUCCUAUAUUAAAACUUAUCUUUUUAACCUGUAACAUAUAUAUACAUGUAUAACGACAGCAUUAAAGUAGAUAAGCACUUUGAUUUAGAUCAAAACAAAUUAUUGAAUUGGUUUGAUCCCAUGUGUUGUUCCAAUUAACGAUUGGGCAUGCUGCAUACAUAUAAAUUUUGGUUUGGAAAGAUAAAGAGGAAGUCGGCUUGUUUACUAAUUUCAAGCACCUGAUAAGAGUGAAAUGCAAGCAGUAAAUGUUUUGUGUCGUCCCAAAAAAUUUCUUCCAUGAAUACAAUUAAAAUGGUGAUUGACAAAACAAUUGGUCAAGAAAUUAAGGAUGCUGACAUGAAAAUCAAAUGCUAUUUUGAAAGAUGCCAUUCUUGUGAUUCACCUCGUUUGGCCCAAAGCUUCAUUAGGACCUGUUGACACAAUAUUUCUAUUCAUAGGCCUGCACGUUGAUAGGUCUGCUAGUUGAUAGCGACAAGUACUGUUAAAAGCUCUGAUUCAUGUGGGAAAAUACAGGAUUUCACGCGUGCCUUACAGGUGUGUCUUAGAAUAAGCUUAAAAGUCAUAAAAUCAAUCUGUUGAGUUGGCCAUUACUUUUCGGGUUUGACACACGGUAAACAAACUGGCUAUUCAUUUCAUUACCUCACAAUGUAUUAUUACAUGUAUAAAUUACAGACAUACAUAAUAGAAAUAGAUCUUUGAAUAUGACUUUCAUAUUUCUACAUAGGUUGACUAAAUACAGGAUUUUAAAUAGACCAACGAAAAUUAACAGAUUUGCUGUAUAUAUCAAUCAACCUAUACCAAUUUGCAUCAAAAUAUACUUUUUGAAUCCAGGAAGCAAAUUUAUGCGUUAAGGAGACCUCUGGUCUGAUACUACUAUUAUACCUCCACAACAAUGGCCUCCUAACUUCAAAUUGGUACAUGCUAUUGUCUCAGAUGUCACUAAAUAUGGACUGGACUAAAAGGUGAAACUCAUAUUGUAUAUAAUUAACAAAUUAUUCUAUAAAGUUGCUUGUUUCCAGAAUAACAGAUUUUAUUUUAUGCUGUCGAAGGUCACUUAAAUAAAACAAUGUUUAGAUAGUAUACACAGUGUGUAUUUUAAGUUGUGACAAAAUAGUCCCAGUUGUUAUGGAUAUUAGCUUCAAUUGUUUUAUGUUGUUACAGUAUAAUACCAUCUGAUUCUAAUAAGGGUUUAUUAUGUUUCGAUCAUUUAUUGUUAUUUUGUUGUUUUUUUUACAUAUGUCAUUUUCUGUUUUAUGGUCACAGGAACUUUUUGAGCAAUCAGAUUGUGAAUUAUGAAAAUAUUAAAUAAAAGUGAUUCUGGUUGGUUUAGAUGAUGUAAUUUAUUUUAAGUUAGUAUUUAGGUCAAAUCGGGCAGAAUAUGAAAAGAGUUUUAUAAGCUUUUGGAUUGUGUAUUUAGCAGUUUAUAUUUUGAUAAUUCAUUAUUAUAAAGAUGCAGUACUUUCUGUCUUAUGCUUAGUGAAACAUAAAUUUUUACUUUUUAUGUUAUGCUAGUUCUAUGGGGAAAAUAUGAGAAUACAUAUAUAUUUUAUGUGUACAAGAAGGGAAAUAUUUAUAUGUGGUUUUCAGUAUUGGAUGUAAAGCAUACAUGUAUGUUCAUAUCUUACUUUUUAAUUUUCUUUUUUAAUCCUUGAACUUACAUUAAUUGAUUUAAAAUGGAACUGAAAUCGUUUAACAUGAAGGUACAUGUAAAUGAAAUUUGAAAUCGUCUUUGCAUCAAUUUUGAUAAAAGUUUGUGAAACUUAAACAAAUGGGGGACAAAUUUUAUCCCAUAUUUUGAGAAAUUCAUGUACUUACGCCUGCAUUAUAGUAUAUCUGUAAUGUCUAUUUAUUUUUGGUGUUAUUAUUCAAGACAAAUGUGAUCAGUAUCAACCAGAUUAGUGAAGUAUAUAUUGAAGUACACGUAUGUUGGAUCUCCAAGAAUAUGAUUGCUGAUGAUGUCUUGUUUGUUUUGUUUUUUGUUGUUAAUAAGUGUAGUGCUAAGUUAAUUUAUUAACUAACUUUGUAGUGGCCAACAUUGUGCUAUAAAUAUAUUAUAAAUAUAACUAUUAUAUACAUUGUAUCUUGUCUUAAUAUUUGGUUUUAAUCAUAUAUAUAUAUCUCAUUUUACAUCCUUCAUUAAAGUUUGGAUGAAGAUCCUGUCACUGUGCCUGAAUAUAUUGUACGUUUACAAAUUAUUAUUACAAAAUGGGAAAAUAACAUAAAAAGAUCAUUUUGUUCGUAAAUUAAGAAUGGAAAUUAUAUGUUUGUUUUUAUUAUUAAUGUGCUUGUGUUAUUGUUAUAUUAUAUAUAUAUUGUAUCAUAUUAUCAAAUAUAUCAUUAAUAUUUUAUUUGUGUAUUUUUCAUCUAAUGAAACUUAUGUAAAAGGCAUUUUUAUCCAUAAACCAAAUUGCUGAAAAUUAUUUUUUGUGGGGGAGAAUAUCAGUAAAUGUGCUUAAAGCACCCACAUGGCAGAAUUGAAAGUAAAAUACAAAGUUGAAGAUCAUACCCGGUCGGAAGUACUUUUAUUUAAAAAUCAUUUUUGUAGAAAAUAUUAUUCAGAUUGAUAAAUUAUAACUACAGUAUAGCCAUUUAAAGUUUACAUUAGUUUUUGUUGAUUUCACACUGCCAUCUUGUUUUAGAAAUAGUAAUGUGAGUUUAUGUUUGGGGUUUGUAAUAUAUCAAGAAAGAACCAAAUAUAAUUUAGUUUUAGUAUUAUGUAUCUUUAAGGACAAUCUUUGACCAUCUAGGGAAAACAGCCCAUUGUAGCAAACAAUCAACGAAAUGAAAAGAUACAAUUUGAACAAGAACCCCUUACUCUUCUACCUAUAUCUGUUUAUUUCUAAUAUAAUAAUUGACAGUAAUUUGGUUUGUGAAUAUUUUAUUUUGUGUGUUGAUGAAACAGUAUUGAGAAAGCCAAAUGACCUGUGUUUUGAUUGAAUAUAUAUGUAUCUCUCUCUAUAUAUAUAUAUUUAAAUAUGAAAGGUAUAUAUAUGUCACGGUAUUUAGUGUUUGGAUAUGUUAAGAUAUAUAGUAACCCCGUUUGUGAUAGUGACCUUUGUUUUAAUUUCAAGCCAAUAACUUUAAGUAUCAUUUAUUUCUACUUGUAAAGUCUGAUAUAAAAUUUUGAUAGUUACUGUCUGAACAACAACCUAAUUUCAAAAAUGAAAGUAAGAUUCUAACAAAUAAAUUAUACCGGUACCCUCUAAUUUCAAAACAACACUUUCUGUUCAUCCAAGAUUUUUUUUUAUUCUUUUGAUGGAUUAUUCUUCUAUUUAUUAUAAAAUUUACUUACAAAUUUGGAAUAAUUCUUGUCACUUAAUAUCGCCUAAUUUUAAUCAAGACUUUGCACUGUAGAAGAUGGAGGCAAUUUAAUUUUUAAAAUUUGUAGAAUGUAGUUUUUUUUUAACUAAAGGUUACUAAAGAAUAAAUAUUGUUUAUAAUAAUAGAUUAAUGUAUUAUAAAUAUAGUCACAGAGCUUUAAUAUUUAUUAAUUAUUUGUUAAAUCAUUAUUAUUAUGUGAGGUGUUUUAUUCUGUGAGAGACAAUAUAAGAUUUGUUUAGCGGAUUCCCCACCUAGGCUAUUUUGCGAUAUAAAGUUAGCUCAUGAGUCUAUAAAAUUGAAUUUGAAAGAUAUAUGGGGAAAAAGGGUCCCGAUUUGAUUUAACUUAGGUAUCUACUUUAACUCGGGUCGUUGCUAGAAACUUUGAGGUUUUUGAUUCCUUUUCAAUGAAUUAACUGAAUAUUUCGACACUUGUAUACAUUUUUGAAAAUUAAAUGUACUAAGAAUUAAGAAUUCAAUAAUUAUUUCAAUAAUUGUUAGAAUUUUAAAUAGAAUCCACUAAACUUUCCCCAUAAUCAAUUUUAACCAAGCUUUAGUAGUUUAUCUCUUGUAGCCUAUGAGGCUGUGAACCUUAUAUUGUCUCUGGCAGUCAUUGUUUUGUUGUUUUAUAAAUCAUUGUCUUUGUUAAAUAUCAUUUUAAAAUAAAGCUGUUGAUGACGAUUAUACCAAAGAUUAAACAUUGUUUAAAUAUGAUUAUGUAGAUUGCUUUUAUUAAUGUCUUACAGAUAAUUAUGUUAGUUUUAAGUGCAAGUGCUUAUUGUGAUGUCAUGUUACUAAAUCCAUUUUAAGUUUAAUUCUUUAAGUAUACAAAUAUGAAAGUGAUAUCCACAAAAUGAUAUAGCAAAAUCAGCACUGCUAUUUAACAAUUCUAGAAUUAGGAAUCAUUGAUAGUUAAAUUUAAAAUUUGAUAAUCUAUUUUAGGAAAUGGUGAUAGUUUACUCCUUUAAACUCACUGAUUACCUGCACAUUACCUUAACACCCAACAUUCUGCAUUAAACUCCCCUGUAUGUUCGGAAAAUUGUUAUAUCUUUUUAGAGGAUAUGGCGACUCUUGGUCGCCUGUGAGAACCUCAUGGACCAUUCUUGUAAAAUUACCGACAUGAUCUAGAGGCAGAUCUAAAUCCUAUUAUCCGGAAAUAACCUGUCCAAAGGAAAUACGAUAGUGAGAGACCUAGUGGUUUUCGAAGAAAUUAUUGCACGUAAAUUGUCUACAGGAGUUAAAAAAAAACUCUAACGUCCAAAAUAAAUUUUCAAAAGUGUAUUUAAGAGCAGCUACAAGAUUUGUGUUAGAAGUCAAUAUUUCGUGUGUAGAUCAGGCGGCUUGUUUAUAACUUACACACAUUUUUAUUAUCUUAGAUUAUGGAUAUUUUUUAUUAUAAUACAUUUUAAUUCGACAUGAAAACUAAUGGAAUAGAAGAAGAAAUUAUAUUUGAUAAUCUGUUACAUCUUGAUAUAAAUGUUUUUUGGUGUGCUCCUUGUGUUAGAAUAUCAUUUCUGUAUGACAAUCAAUAAAAUCUACAACAAAUGA